AUGAGUUCUAAAAUCCAAAUAUUUUGUUUAUUCUUCUUGUUUGGAAUAUUUAAUGCUAUUUUUGGCCAGCAUUGUAUGAAAUGUGCUGAGAUAAACUCUAGCUGUGAUCCAUCAAACAGACCAAAAAUAAAAAAAUAUUUAAUAGAUUUUCAUUUCACUGAUUUCAGUGCUUGUGCUAAUGGAACAUUGUGUUUGAAUAGUAAGUGUAUGACACUUCCAGACCUUGGUGGAGACUGUUCUGUAACGAAAAGAUGUCUAGGGGAGCUUAGUUGCAACAAUAAUAAAUGUGUAUCGGAGAACUAUCUGGGAUAUGGUGAGAAUUGUACAAAAGAUGAUGAUUGUUCCGGACACCUGACGUGUACUGGCGGAGUUUGUGCCAAUGGACAGUAUCCAAAGUGUGAUUCAAGAGAAGAAUGCAAGGUAGGCGAGGCCUGCUAUCAAGAUGCAUGCAUAGCACCGCUUGACGAUGGAAAAGAAUGUAACUCCAAUGACCAAUGCCAGAUUCUUAGUUCAUGUUUAGGCACUCCAAAGAUAUGUACAAUGCCACUAACAGCUGUAGAAGGAGGAGUAUGUGACGAUUUAACAGAUUGUGACUUUACAAAGAAUUUAUUGUGUAUAGAUAAUAAAUGUGUAUCCAUUUCAAGUAUAGAGGCAAAGAAUUGUAGUUCAGGAAAUGAUUGUCCUCAUGAUACUUACUGUGUAUGCAAUCCAGAUUCUACUACAGGAAUGUGCAAGAGUUCAAGAACCUUUGAUGGAAUAACAAAAGAAAAGUAUAUAAUUUAUGUAGAUUGUAUGAGAAAUUCUAAAUGUCCUUAUGUCGAUGAUAUUACAAAGGAGUCUUGUAUCUACAAGAGAUGUGGUGCAGACCCACUUGAAAACUCUAAAAAUAUGAAGUGUAAAUCAAGUGGUGGUAGUUCUUCAUCAUCUUCUGGUACUUCUCAUUAUCAUAACCUUAUUCGUUCUGAUAAAUUGAACCCACCCCCAUUUAGUGGGUUCAAAAAAUUUCAAUCAAAUGAUGAAUGUUAA